UACUCAAACUCAAUGGCCUAGCAUAGAUUAUUCUGUGAUGAUUGAAUCCUGAAAUGUAUAAAUCCUGUAUUUAAAAUAUUUAUAAUUUUUCAGUGUAGCAUCAGUCAUGAACACUAUCCUUGAUUUUUUGAAAAGCAGGAACAUCGAGAAUGCUGAUCAAGUGGCCAGAGAGAUGGAUUGUAACAAGGUUGAUUUAGCAGUUAUAUCAGUCUUAAAAGAAGAUGAUUAUAAAUUGUGCGAUUGGUUACCGGGAUAUGGUGAUCGAAUGGCUUUGAUCAACUGGUCCAAACAAAAUCAGUAUAAAAAAAAUAAAAAAAAUAAUUUACUAGACAAGUUGAUGAACAAAGUAAAAAAUGAAAAUAGGAGAUCAUUUGGCGAAAUGUGUAGUUCUGACGAUACUGAUCAGUGAUCAACCACUUGUAAAGUAAGUUAAUUUAGUUAAAACAUUUCUCCAUAAACCAUUUUUGUUUUAGUUAACGAUAUAUUGAAUUAUCUAAGGUAGGUGGUGGGUGGUUUUUUUCUUAAUUGCACCAGAGUCUGAUUUUGUCACCACACUAUACUGCCUAUGUAUUUAUUUAAGUACAUAAAGAUAGUAGUAUUCAUUCUUAGUCUUCAAUAUUAUUUUCAUAAUGAAAUUUCUUAGUUUAUUCUUACUUCUUACAUCUUUAAUAAUGCCUCAUUUAUACAUCUCUAACAUAACUAAUAAUUAGGUAUUGUUAAAAAAAUAAAAUUUUAUUACAGAAUUUUCAAGGGUAAUGCAUUCAAAACGACCAGAUCUAUACAAAUUGGUUGGCUCCAUUUUGAUAAAAAAGAUAAUAAAUAUAAACAGGUUGGCUCUAUAGUCUAUACAUAUUCUAUUUAUAAUUAUUUCA